GUCUACGCGCGCCUCAGUCCCGGGCCGCUCCUCUCGCCCAAACAAGACACAAACGUGACAGGUACCACAAAUCACAAACUGAAAUUUCAUUUCAAAGUACUAGGAUAUCAUAAGCAAGAUGACGGUGAAGAAACGACCUUCAGAUCUGACGAGCUUGGAGCGGUUUAACAUGUACUAUAGAGAGAAGGAGCCACCGAUGACCGCAGGUCAAAAGGCAAAGCGGUUCAUCUGGAACCCAAAGACCAGGCAGUUCUGUGGCCGCACCGCAUCCAGCUGGUCAAAAAUAUCUUUGUUCUACUUCAUCUUCUAUGCCGCACUCGCGAUCCUGGUAGCGAUCUGUAUGUGGACAUUCCUUCAGCUGCUAGACGCGCGCCAGCCUAAGUGGCAGCUGGAGCAAAGUAUCAUUGGCACUAACCCCGGCCUCGGCUUCCGUCCUACGCCGCCUGAGGUCGCCAGCAGCGUCAUCUGGUACAAGGGUAAUGACCCCGGCAGCUACCAGUUCUGGGUCAAGGAGUUGUCUGAAUUCUUAAAAGUGUACAAACGCGACGGCAACAAGGCGGGCGCGGGCCAGAACAUCCACAACUGUGACUUUAAGCUGCCAGCGCCAGCAGGCAAGGUGUGCGAUGUGGACAUGAGCGCGUGGGGGCCUUGCGUCGAGGAGAACGGCUUCGCCUACCACAAGUCCACACCAUGCGUAUUCCUCAAGCUAAACAAGAUCUUCGGCUGGCGCCCUGUCUUCUACAACAGCUCGGACGCUCUCCCCGAAGCCAUGCCCCAGGACUUGAAGCAACACAUCAAGAAUAUGACUGCCUACGAUAAGAAUUAUUUGAACAUGGUGUGGGUGUCAUGCCAGGGCGAGAACCCGGCGGACCGUGAGAACAUUGGGCCCAUACAAUACUUGCCAUACCGAGGCUUCCCCGGAUACUACUUCCCAUACACGAACCAGGAGGGAUAUCUGAGCCCCUUAGUCGCUGUACAUCUACAGAGGCCGAAAACUGGCAUGUUGAUAAACAUCGAGUGCCGCGCCUGGGCACACAACAUCGUGUACGACCGGCACGAGGGCAUGGGCUCUGUGCAUAUCGAAAUUAUGGUCGAGUAACCUCUCAGUACGAAGCGAUAAUGUCACAAUAAGGAUAGACUUACACGGGGAAAAACUAAAACAAUACAGACCGCAGUGUUUCUGCCGCAAUUAGAAUUUGAACACUAGAAAGACGGCAUCAAUCUUUUGAAGUUAACAUUAAAACGUUGGUUAUGUUUAAACUAUGACAUUAAUUUUGUUAGUUUAUAAAAGAAAAUUUGUCUGAUAAUUUUCAUUUUAAAGACAUUGACUACAUAACAGAUAAAAUAUCAAAAUUCAUAGUUAAUUUAAAUCUGUUGUGUACCUUUGAUUGUAAACUAGAAGAUUUUUAA